AUGAUGCGAUUCAUAGCACUGUUGACUCUACUCGUGGAGACUUGCCUGGCUUUCCCGCCAUUCAGCCGCGGAUCAUACACACUCAAAGUGAGCGGUGAACGCAAUGGAUAUGACGCAGACGCAACGCCAAGUACGGAUCACACAAAUUCUCUUAGUCUCGGUGACGUUAUGAUGCAGACCCUUGCCAACCAAGGGACAAAUGUUGUGGUAAGUGACAGGUACGAGUAUACUACAAACCCUUCCGAGGGUGACUGGGACGUGUUCCGGGCUGGGCUGGUCUCCCCACCCUCGGGCCUCCUACAACAGUGUUUGUCUCUUUCAUCAACAGGCAUGCAACAGCUGUUAUACUGCAUCAAACUAUUAUCGAAUAAAGAUCAACUUCAUCAGUCAAAUGUUCAAUCAAAAAGAGGCCCGCUUAAGCUUAACCCAACAGGAUGGAAGAGAAAAAAGAGGAGUACAAACGAUGACAUGCAGAGAGAAUUAGAAAAUAUAAGGAUUCAGUCCAUGUUGAAUCAGUUACUUGAAAAACGCCAAAAUGCCAAUCCUCGAUUUAACCCGACAGGCUGGUAAUCACUCCAG